GGAGCCAGCGAGACUAUAAGAAGUUUGGGUUGAGCAGAAGGCAGAAAGCCAGCAGACCACAAAAGAGAUGGCCAACUGCCUAAAAACCAUUUGGAACCUGAGAUUCCAGGGUGCAGUCCUCAGAGCUGCCCAUCUCCUCUGGUUUGGUGUCUUCAUUUCUGACUUCACUAAUCAGAAGCAAGCGGCAGCAUGGACCUAUAACUACACCACGAAAGCAUACACGUGGAAUUAUUCCCGGAUAUUCUGUCAGAAGCACUUCACAGACUUAGUGGCCAUCCAGAAUAAACAUGAAAUUGCCUACCUCAAUGACGUCAUACCCUACUACAGCUCGUACUACUGGAUUGGGAUCCGAAAGAUCAACAAUACAUGGACCUGGGUGGGAACCAAGAAGUCCCUCACGGAGGAGGCAGAGAACUGGGCUGACAAUGAGCCCAACAACAAGGGGAACAACCAAGACUGCGUGGAGAUAUACAUCAAGAGGCCGGACGCCCUUGGCAAGUGGAACGACGAGCCCUGCACCAAACGGAAGCGGGCCUUGUGCUACACAGCCUCCUGCCAGCCCACAUCCUGCAGCCAACAAGGGGAGUGCAUUGAGACCAUCGGGAACUACACCUGCUCCUGUUACCCAGGCUUCUACGGGCCAGAGUGUGAAUACGUUCAAGAAUGUGGUGCAUUUGGCCUCUCUCAACAUGUAUCCAUGAACUGCCACCACCCCCUGGGCAGCUUCUCUCUCAACUCAGAGUGCACGUUCCACUGUGCUCCAGGGUAUGAGCUGGACGGACCGAGCAAGACCAAAUGUCUGGCUUCUGGAAAAUGGACAAAUACACCUCCACAGUGUGUGGCUGUGCAGUGUCAGCGCCUGGAAGCCCCUCACAGUGGAACCAUGGACUGUGUACAUCCACUCGCCCCCUUUGCAUAUGGCUCCAGCUGCAAAUUUAGGUGCCAACCUGGCUACCAAGUGAAGGGCUUGGACACACUCCGCUGUGUUGGCUCUGGUCAGUGGACCGCACCCUUGCCAGCCUGUGAAGCUACCACAUGUGACCCAUUGGAGAUCCCGGUCCACGGAGGCAUGGAUUGCUCACCAUCAUCAGCCGCAUUUCAGUACAACACCAACUGCAGCUUCCAUUGUGCAGAGGGCUUCGUGUUGCAAGGAGCUGAUGUCCUUCAGUGUGGUGAUUUGGGUCAGUGGACAGCACCAGCCCCAAUCUGCCAAGCUUUGCAGUGCCACGACCUCCCCAUGCCAAGCAAGGCCCAGAUGAAUUGCUCCCACCCCUUCGGGGCCUUUAGCUACGGGUCAGUCUGUGCCUUCACCUGUGACGAAGGCUCGCUCCUGGUAGGAGCGAGGACACUACAGUGCUUGGCUACUGGACACUGGAGCGCUGCCCCUCCGGCAUGCCAGGCUACUACCUGCACCCCCUUGCUAGGCCCUCAGAAUGGAAUGAUGAGCUGCAUCCAACCUCUUGGGAGUUCUAGCUACAAAUCCACAUGCCACUUCACCUGUGAUGAGGGAUUUUCUUUAUCUGGGUCAGAAAGAAUGGACUGUACUCCAUCUGGGCAUUGGACAGGCUCCCCCCCAACAUGUACAGCUAUCAAGUGCCCAGAACUCUUUGCCCCACAGUGGGGCACGCUGGAUUGUUCUCAUGUGAAUGAAGACUUCAGUGUCGGCUCCAGCUGCCAUUUCUCCUGUGACAAGGGCUUCAAGCUUGAGGGCUCCAACAAUGCAGAAUGCACAGCUUCUGGAAGCUGGUCAGUGCCUCUGCCGACUUGUAAAGCUGUACGAUCGGCUCCCGCUCCUGUGGUGCGAUGCCCAGCCCUUGCCACCCCUGGGCAGGGGACAAUGUCCUGCAGGCAUCACCCAGGAGCCUUUGGUUUCAAUACCACUUGUUACUUUGGAUGCAGAGCUGGCUUCACACUCAUAGGGAGCAAUGCUCUGAGAUGCAGGCCUUCAGGACAAUGGACGUCAGUGGUGCCGGAAUGCAAAGCCAUCAAAUGCCCUGAACUGCACCUUAAUAAUCCACUAGUGAUGAACUGCUCCCAUCCCUGGGGAAAUUUCCACUAUGGCUCAGACUGCACCUUCCAUUGUCCAGAGGGUCAGUUACUCAAUGGCUCUGCAAGAGCGACGUGCCAGGACAACGGCCGCUGGUCAGCCACCACGCCUACCUGCCAAGAGGAGGCCUUGACUAUCCAGGAAGCUCUGACUUACGCUGGUGGAGCAGUGGCUUCCACCACAGGUCUGGCCAUGGGUGGGACCCUUCUGGCUCUGCUAAGAAAGCGUCUCAGAAAAAAAGAUGAUGGAAAAUGUCCACUGAGCCCUCACAGCCACCUAGGUACAUACGGAGUUUUCACAAAUACUGCAUUUGACCCAAACCCUUAAGAGACAUACCUUUUUCCUGGUGGCCUCCUCCAGACUCUCAGGAUCCUGCUAAGGAACACAAAACUUCCUGUUACACUUGACCUCAUCUGUAGCACAUCUGUUACAGGCUUCUGUACACGGUGUGGAUAAAGGACAAGGACACUCCUUUAGAUUUGCUCUGGACCAGAGCGCAGCAGGACUGUGCCACAUUCUCGCCUCUCCACCCACCUUCUUCCUGAUCCUCCCCCCCUCUUCCUAAGACACAAGCCACAGAAGCCAGGAGCAGAUGUUUUGACUGUGGUCUGUGAACUUGUACCUGGCUGUUCCGGAAGUACGAGUUAGUCAAAGAGACUGGAGCAUCUGAUUCACUAGGAGACCAGACGGUGCAGGAAUGAAAGGGAGCUGUCGCAUAACUCUGGGGUUGAAAGUAGGCAUCUUCUAUGCUGUUGGAAGGCAGAAGCGUGUUUAACAAGAGAAUUCCUUUAGGAUCUCCAGGAUUUCCCAGCGGUUGCUGCAUCUGUGGGUCCUUGAAAUGCUGCUGAAAUUUCUAGAAAAGCCUCUGGAUGGCGCCAGAGGGUACGGAAAAAAAGGAACCACGUUAUCGUGGAACCUUCCCUCCACUGAAGAACCCAAAGAUCAAUAUUCAAACCUACAAUGAAAGACUCCCCUGCCACAUACCAUAUUCCUCUAUUUAUGUUCUGUGCUAUAUGAGCUGUGUAUAUCACGUUGUUUACCAUCAACGUGAGAAAAUCAGAGAAGUAGAAAAAACCUUCAUCUUAAUGUUUUACAGAGAAUGGAUGUGUUUUACUGGUUAUUUAA